AUGCAUUCCAGCAAGCUCCUUCUACUCGCCGGUCUGGCGAACUAUGUUCUCGCCCUUCCCACCAAGGACACCAAGGACUUGGAUCCUCGCCACUUCGGCCUCGGCGCUGAGAUUUUGGGCGAAUUCGGCCAUGACCUGAAGAUCAUCCUUGAAGAAAUCCUCGGCAUUGGAAGCAAGACCUCAGUAUCGGUCCUUGCUGGUAUCAGUGCUCGGGCCGCCGCGGCCCUGAACGGAGGUGCCUUGGGUUGCAAGGCUGGUGCGAUCGAUGCUGACAUUCGUGCCGAAUUGGCCGCCUGGAUCCGUGCUCAUGCAGGAUUCGAGGCCUCCCUCAAGACUCAUCUCCUCGCCUGGUGUGAGGGUGAAGCUGAAGCAACUCUGUCGACCGAAGUCUGCGCCGGACUGUCCCUGUUCGUCCCCACUUGCGCUAAGACGGCUGCCGCGGGUAACCUCUACGUGACCAUUGAUGGUAUCUUCGAUGCCAGCGCCACACUCGAGGCCGGCGUGGUUCUGAGCUCUUCCUUCCAGUCUUCCCUUUCGGCAUUCAUCGCCGGCGAACUCGGUCUUGCUCUGGAUGCCCACCUCCGCGCUGGUCUCGCCCUUUGCGCUGGCGGUGGUGUCCACGCUGAUCUCUCUGCUGAUCUCGCUGCCGCCCUGAAGGUCUGGCUGAACGGCUCCUCUUGCUCCCUGAGCGCCUCUCUCAAGGUUGCAGUCCUUGCUUGGUUGGAGGGCAAGAUUGAGACUGGUGUCGUUGCCGUCGGCUCCAUCCCCACUGGCGGUAUUACCGCUGUUUCCGUUGGUGCCGCCAUCAGCGCCUGGAUCGAGGCCGAGGGUGCACUUACCGCAACUGCGCAGACUUACCUCUCUGCCUACCUCGAGUCCAGUGUUUCUGUUGACAUCGAAGCCGAUGUUCAGGUUGUCCUGGAGGCCUGUAUUGCCGGCAAGCUCGCCACUUCCGUUUCCGCCGAUGCCCGUGCCGCCUUGGCCGUUUGGUUGUCCGGCUCCAGCUGCAGCCUGGGAGCCGAACUGAAGGCCGCUCUCUACCUCUGGCUUUCUUUCUCUGUUACUGAGGUCAGCGUCGGCAUUUCCUCCAGCAUCAUCACCGAGCUUGAGGCUUUCCUCAGCGGCACCGUCGAGGUCUCCCUCGGAUCCAGCCUUCGUGGUGUCCUCACUCUCCUUCUCUCCGGCGAGAGCUUCGUCUACCUUUCCCUUGACGCCCGGGCCGAAUUGGCCGCCGUCAUUGGUGGUGCUGUUGACAUUGAUAUUAGCAGCCACUUCCAACUUCUGUUCAUUGAAUGGCUCACCGGCUGCAGCAUUCCCGGUGCCCCCACCAUUACUCCUGGCUCCUCGACCACG